AUGGCACCCAAAGUCCUUGUUGUCCUGACAUCUCAGAAUGUCAUUCCCAACACCGAGCAUCCUACAGGAUGGUACCUCCCCGAAUUCGCCCAUCCCUGGAAAGUUCUUCACGAAGCCGGUGUCGAGCUCACAAUCGCCUCUCCCAAGGGCGGUGAAGCGCCCCUCGACCCGGCCUCCGUCGAAUUGUUCAAGGAAGACGAGACGUCAGUCUUAUUCCACAAGAAUCAGCAAUCGCUAUGGAAGAACACCGUCCGUUUAGCGGACAUUGUGCCGCGCGCGAAGGAGUUUGAUGCUAUUUUCUAUGUUGGUGGCCAUGGACCAAUGUUCGACCUCGUCUCGGACCCCAUCUCCCUCUCCCUCAUCCAAACCUUCGCAACCGCCAAAAAACCCGUCUCGGCCGUCUGCCACGGCCCCAUCGUGCUCGUCAACGCGACCACUCCAUCCGGCGAAUCGCUCCUGCGCGACGCCACAGUGACGGGAUUCUCAAACACGGAGGAAGAUCAGGCACAAAUGACUUCUGCCAUGCCUUUCCUGUUGGAAGACCGUCUCAAGGCGAUCCCCGGUGCCAAGUAUGUGAAGGCUGAGCAGCCAUGGGGGGAGAAGGUGGUUGUUGAUAAGACUUAUCAGUUUGGAGGAGUGUUGAUUACGGGGCAGAAUCCGGCUAGUGCGUCGGGGGUUGGAAAGGAGUUGGUGAAGGCUUUGGGAUUGUAA